CUCGUCGGGUGCGUGUGUGCAGCGCGCAGAGAGCGAGCAGCGAUGUCCGGGCGCGGGAAGCAGGGCGGGAAGGCGCGGGCCAAGGCCAAGUCGCGCUCGUCGCGGGCCGGGCUGCAGUUCCCCGUGGGCCGCGUGCACCGGCUGCUGCGCAAGGGCAACUACGCGGAGCGGGUGGGCGCCGGCGCCCCGGUGUACCUGGCGGCCGUGCUGGAGUACCUGACGGCCGAGAUCCUGGAGCUGGCGGGCAACGCGGCCCGCGACAACAAGAAGACGCGCAUCAUCCCCCGCCACCUGCAGCUGGCCAUCCGCAACGACGAGGAGCUCAACAAGCUGCUGGGCAAGGUCACCAUCGCGCAGGGCGGGGUGCUGCCCAACAUCCAGGCCGUGCUGCUGCCCAAGAAGACCGGAAAGCCACAAGGCAAAGAGCAAGUAAAGCGGCCCCGGAGACAGGCCCGGAGCGCACCACUGAAACCCAAAGGCUCUUUUCAGAGCCACCCACAGCCUCGAGAAAGAGCUUGAGACGCUCCUGUAGAAGAGGGACAGAGAGAGGAGAGGAGGCGUGCGCCCUCCCUUCUGACUAGAAGUGUGCGGGAGUCUUGCCCUGCUCUAAAGCCCAAGCUCUGCAUGGGAGAGCUCGGUUGCGGCCGGGCAGCCUCGGCCCUUCCUCGUAGGCCCCGCACUCACCCCCGGAGCAGCGCUCUGAGCCCAGGCACCGCCAGCUGCGGCGAGCCGGGCUCGAGUAGAGCCGCCCGUGGCGCGGCGCGGGAGCGGCUGGAGCCUGUGGCUGCCCCGCGCGGGCUUUUCAAAGGGUGAGGGCGCUCCGCCUCCUAGAGCGAGCCCAGCGCGCGUGGUCGCUGCGCUUUUUUUUCUGCGGGCUGGGGUCACUGGGAGGGAAGAGUGGCCUCCCCCCUGCCCUCAGGGUGCUUGACGAGGCGGAUACUUCCCUCCCCCCUUGCUCGCUCGGGCCCCCUUCGCUCGCGGCUUUUCCGGACGUGGCUACAGCCCUGGGAGGAUCGGAGCCUGCGCCCAGCACAUUGCAGCUUGCUCUUAGUAGCGGUGGGCGUCUCCCUCGGAAGGGCCACCGGCUCGUCCAGCGCUCAGUUAACGAGCAGCCCAACCAGUUCCUCCCGGAAGCGGCUACUAAACGCGAGGAGCAGCAAGGGAAGUGGGAAGGGAAUUACAUAACAGAGCACUGCGAGACAGCCUCAAGCACCACCAUACGAUACGGUGCUAGGCACCGAAACCUUAGUGGGGCGGGCAAGAAUCAGUUGAAAGAUACUUCUGUACAGGAACAGCUUCAAGAAAGCGAGCAAACGCGAUACAGCUCUUUCUGAAGAGAAGGUGGGCGGCUCUUAAAAGAGCCUUUAGGGUGUCGAGAGGGUCCGAGAAGCAGCUGGCUGCGCGCUUUAGCCGCCGAAGCCGUAGAGGGUGCGUCCCUGGCGCUUGAGGGCGUAGACCACGUCCAUGGCCGUGACCGUCUUGCGCUUGGCGUGCUCGGUGUAGGUGACGGCGUCGCGGAUCACGUUCUCCAGGAAGACCUUGAGCACGCCGCGCGUCUCCUCGUAGAUGAGCCCCGAGAUGCGCUUGA